CUUCCUUUCUCUCUUUCUGGGCCUGCUGGCCAUCUCGUCCGUCGCCUGCUAGCGUUCUAUUUCACUUUUGCAUCUCAACAUGACAGCUGCCGCAAUUGCACUAUCGUCCCAGGACAUCUUGCAUCACAUCCUUUCACUCGAUCUUUUGACUCAAUCAGACUUACAUUCCUGUUGUCUCGUCAACUCUGAAUGGGCUGCUACUGGCCUGGUUUUGCUAUGGCGAUAUCCUCAAUGUCAUUCCCUUUACAGUUUCCGUCUGCUGCUUGAUACCCUUCGGCAUGAGGCCGAUCAACCAGGACCCGUUGCCACAGAAAGUCCCGCCACAGCCUCAAUUCCCAUCUCGUUAGCUUCCUCCCUCCGUCGCUCUGCUACCAUGCAUGACAGAACAGUCAGUACCUCCAAGAUCUCCAAAACCACAACAUCCUUAUCAUCACUUUCACUCGUGCCCACACUCUAUCAACCUUAUCGACAGCGUAAGGAGUAUGGGAUUCCUUUUCAUGGACAACGCAUUUAUCAUCGUGCUCAAUUCAUUCGCAGAAUCGACUUUAGUAUCCUGGCAAAUACACUCUCAAAUCAUCAUUUGGAGAUCUUGGCUCGAUCAAGUAAAAUAGGCUUUCGGUCUCUGGAUAUACAGGCUUCUCAUUUAUCAUUCACAAACCAUCUACUUUGCAUCCUCGCAAAUUCCAAGGCCUUACGACAGCUCACGCUAGGGAGCAUGCAUGUUCCUUUAGAUGCACUGCUUUGUCUUGAACCUUGCUUUUCAGCACUAACUCAGCUUCACCUACUUGAUUGUCCGGAUUCGAUGGGAGAUUUGGAACUUAGUACAAUCCUACGUCAUUGUCAUCAACUUAGGAGUCUUGAAAUUCAUGGCGAUUCCUUCACGGACGAGUCACUUGGUUGGAUCAGCAAAACAUGCACAGAUCUAGAGGUGUUGACGAUCGAAGCUCCCAAAAUGACGGACACUGUUGUGAAUCAAAUUGCAGCAACAUGCACGCGUCUAAGAUCAUGGAGACUGAUAAACUGUACUGCCUUACUAGAGGCUACGACUGAAGGAUUACAAAAGAUGUACAGCAUGAACCGGAGUAAUAUAUUUUCGUCAUGCCAAAAGCAAAAGAUAGAUUUUAGUAAAACUCCGUGGACGCAGCAAAGCACUAAUAGGACGACAAACAGCACGUUAUACGGCUCUCCUCUCUCUAUUAUAGCGCCUUCAUCCUCAACAUCAUCCUCAACCAUCUCUUCACCAUCCACCUCUUCUAUGUCUAGUCAUCCAGAUUUCGAGCCAUUAACGACAUCUUCACAUCCCUCAGAUCAAAUUCAUCCAUCACUUGCAUUGGAUCGAUAUGCGUACACACUUCAACAAACUGCCAAACAUUUUGGAAAGUUGUCAACGAUUGAAUUCCGAAAUUGUACAGGCAUUCAAUCACAGCAUAUCAAUUUCUUUUUAAAAUCACAGUUAUGGCUUGAGCAUUUGACACUCGGAGGCCCUUCCAUCACAGACGAUGCAUUAUGCUUCCUAACAGAAACACCCUUGACGCACCUUCAAAGCUUCAGCCUCAUAGAUUGUGGAGAGAUAUCGGAUGAGGCUAUGGUAGCAAUCAUGUUUAACUGUGAUCAGAUGAAAAGCUUAACCAUCUUUGGAUCGCAAUUCACACUGAGGACGUUUUCAUCCAUAUCGCUUCACCUGAAUCAGCUGGAAGAGCUUCAUCUGGAACGAGUACCUUUAGUGAUGAAUGAGUCUCUACAGGAUAUUUUAAUCAAAUGUACCGAGCUCAGAAUAUUGAAGCUAUGGCAUUGCAGAAAUCUGACAAAAGACAUAUUUACAGAGCAACUUGUGCCUUGUGCAAAUCUGGAGCAACUGGAAUACAUGGACAAGUUCCCAAGGCCAUAUGCUGAAGAUGGCUGGGAGGCUCAGGUUAGGUUUCUGCAAAGCCUUGUGAUUAGAUUUGAGAGACUGCAAGCUCUUCGACUCGCUAAAUUGGCUGAUACUUGGGUUCCCGUGAAUCUAGUCUCAUAUCUAUGCCAGUUGGAUCGACUCGAAAAAUUCACCAUCCUUCAAAAUCACAGCUUAGAACUCAUUGAUCUUAAGGAGUUAAAAGCACGAUUACCAACACUUGUUCAUGUUGGAGUCGGCUUGUCCAAUAAUCUUUCAGAAGAAGACUUGGUUGGCUUUGCUCAGUACAAUCAUCGACCAGGCAUUCGGAUAUAUCACCGUAUGCUUGAGUCAAGUACAGAACUGUAGAUUCUUUUCAUAAUGUCUAAUAUUAAUGCAUCAUAAAAUACAAUAUACAUAGUAUAAAAGCUAUUCAUCGC